CUGACCACUUCAGUGUCCCCUGUGGGCACGCUCUCGCGGGCAGCCGGUGGCAUGGAGGCACUCAGGGAUUCUGUUGUGCAUUUGGCCUUGCAGAUGUCGACCUACAAGAGAGCCACCCUGGAUGAGGAGGAGCUGGUGGACUCCAUGGAGGGAGAGGUCUACCCCAACGGGAUCCAGGUGAACUUCCGUGGGUCGGGGACCAGCAAAAGCUGCUGGGCCGAGAGGACGCAUGUUGAGAAACGCCUUCUGGUGCUGACAGCGGCCCUCUUGGCCGGCCUCCUGGCCUGCGUCUGUGUGCUGCUGCUCCAGUUCCGAACCAAGCUCUGCCUGACGGAGUCCUGCAUCUCCGUGACCAGCUCCAUCCUGAGCUCUUUGGACCGGACGGUGAACCCCUGUGAGGACUUCUUCAGCUAUGCCUGCGGGGGCUGGAUCAAGGCCAACCCCAUCCCCGACGGCCAUUCCCGCUGGGGGACCUUCAACAAACUCUGGGAGCACAACCAGGCCAUCCUCAAGCACCUUCUGGAGAACACCACGGCUCAGGUGUCCAGCGAGGCAGAACGGAAAGUCCAGCGUUACUACCAGUCCUGCAUGAACGAGACCAAGAUUGAGGAGCUGCAGGCCACGCCCCUGGUGGACCGCAUCAAGAAGCUUGGUGGCUGGAACAUCAGCGGUCCCUGGCAGGAAGACAACUUCAACCAGACUCUGCUGCAGCUGGCUGCACAGCACCACAUCUGGCCCUUCUUCUCCAUCUACGUCAGUGCCGACUCCAAAAAUUCCAGCGUCAACAUCAUCCAGGUGGACCAGGCAGGGCUGAUGUUGCCUUCCAGGGACUACUAUCUCAACAAAACGCAGAACGAGAAGGUGCUUGCAGGGUACCUGACCUACAUGGUCCAGCUUGGCAUGCUGGUUGGGGGGCAGGACGAAGCUGAGACAAGGCGGCAGAUGGAGGAGAUCCUGGACUUUGAGACCACCCUAGCCAACAUCACCAUCCCCCAGGAGAAGCGGCGGGAUGAGGAGCUCAUCUACCACAAGAUGCCUGCCAGGGAGCUCAAGAACCUUUCUCCGGCCGUGGACUGGAUGCCCCUGCUCAACGCCGUCUUCUCCCCGGUGGAGAUCAACGAGACAGAGCCGGUGGUGGUCUAUGCCAAAGAGUACCUCGAGCAAGUCUCCUAUCUCAUCCUCAGCACAGACAGGCGUAUCUUGCACAACUACAUGAUCUGGCACCUGGUGAGGAAAGGAGCUGGCUUUCUGGACCAGCGCUUCCAGGACGCAGAGGAGAAGUUUAUGGAGGUCAUGUACGGCUCAAAGAAGACCUGCCUGCCCCGAUGGAAGUACUGCAUCAGCGACACAGACAUCAACCUGGGCUUCGCGCUGGGUGCCAUGUUCGUAAAGGCCUCCUUCGCGGAGGACAGCAAGGCAGUGGCUGAGGAAAUGAUUAAGGAGAUCAAGAUGGCCUUCGAAGAGAGUUUGGCGACCCUCCCAUGGAUGGAUGAGGAGACGAGGCGGUCCGCCAAGGAGAAGGCCGACGCCAUCUACGACAUGAUCGGUUACCCUAAGUUCAUCAUGGACCCCAAAGAGCUGGACAAAGUGUUCAAGGAUUAUGAUGCCGUCCCGGAUCUGUACUACGAGAACGUCAUGCAGUUCCUCAACUUCUCCGCCCGAGUAGCCGCUGAGCAGCUCCGGAAGCCUCCAAACCGCGACCAAUGGAGCAUGACUCCCCCAACAGUGAAUGCUUAUUACUCCCCGACCAAGAAUGAAAUUGUCUUUCCUGCUGGGAUCCUGCAGCCUCCGUUCUACACCCGAAGCUCCCCAAAGGCACUCAAUUUCGGUGGGAUUGGUGUGGUCGUGGGCCAUGAACUGACUCAUGCUUUUGAUGACCAAGGCCGGGAGUACGACAAGGACGGCAACCUCCGCCCCUGGUGGAAGAAUUCGUCGGUGGAGGCCUUUAAGCAACAGACCGAGUGCAUGGUGGAACAGUACGGCAACUACACAGUCCAUGGGGAGGCCAUCAAUGGCAAGCACACCCUGGGGGAGAACAUCGCCGACAACGGGGGGCUCAAAGCCGCCUACCGGGCUUAUCAGAACUGGUUGAGGAAAAAUGGAGAAGAGGAGACUUUGCCCACGCUGGGCCUCACCAACUACCAGCUCUUCUUUGUGGGGUUUGCCCAGGUCUGGUGCUACGUCCGCACCCCGGAGAGCUCCCACGAAGGACCUGGUCCCGACUCUCACAGCCCCCGCUUCCGAGUCAUCGGGACCAUCUCCAAUUCCCCGGAGUUCUCAGAGCACUUCCAGUGCCCGCGGGGCUCUCCCAUGAACCCGCAGCGGAAGUGCGAGGUCUGGUGAAGUUCCCCAAAGGCGAGGAGAGAAAAAAAGGAAUGGGAUAAACUGGAGGGCAGCCCCGGGGAAACACAGCAGGAGUGGGUGCCCUCAGCCUUCCUCCACACCUAAGAGGCACCCCAUGACCUUGGGACUAGCUCAGCGCUCUGCAAUGGCUGGGAGGGGUCCUCAGCCCUCACCCCAAAGCACCACCCUAUUUGACCCACUGUGAAGAUGUCCUCUACCAAUUGCAUCGGUGUCCCCCUUUGCCUCUCACUUUGCUAAAAGUGCAGAAGUCUGCACACAUGUCUGUGUUUCAAAUGCACUGACUUUGGGGUGGGGAUAGGGUUAUGCUGUCUCUCCCCCCCCCAUAUGCAGGGGGGGGGACUGGCCUUUCGCCACCAUAGGCUUGGAAGUUCUUACGUCAUUUUUCCCCCCAAAAGGGGGAACCACCCAAAUUUUAAAAGAGAACCCAUUUUGGUCACAUCUUAACAAGCGCCAAUCCUCUCUGUAGACAGACAUUCACGUCCAUACAUAUGUAUAAGUUUUGUGCGCUCACAUACACAUGGUAAAGCUUGUAAGAUAUGAUUACAAUGAUUUUUUUUUUUUAAAUUUUGCGGAACACUGGAAAGUUCAGGGAAACUGUAUUGAGUUGAAUGGACUGAUAUAUUUAUUGCGUGUGUGUGCAAUUCUAGGUUAAGGGCAUUCUGCUUAAAGCUGAGAGGCAGGAUACAAACCUCCCCCAUGGCUUAUCUCUCCUCACCCCCAGUGUCUUCUUAGGGGGAACAGGUGCGGCUCAUUUCCGCGCAGGCUCUCCUUUUGCUUGGGAAACAUUCUGGGGCCUGACUUCUCCAAAACCCUUUCCUUCCUGGCAACACAGUUGACUUUUCCAAUUGAAAUCCUGGACCUCUGCCCUAGCCCCAGGUGCAGAGCAGUCCACAUUUUCUUAAAAUGCUGCCUUUGGGGUUUUGGGCUUCAAUCUCCAAGCUAAAUCUGGGAGAUUUCCCAGCAGGACAAGCAUGUCACAGCCUACCAGCCAUCGUUGGAUUAUGAGCUGCCUUUCAGAGAAAUGCCCCCAUCACAAACUCGAAGAUGCACCUCGAAUGAUGUACCUUGUGUGUCAAGACCCCAGCUGACGUGGGCAAUUUCAGUGCCGCUGAAGAAGUAGCCCCUGAAAGUCUCGCUGAAGUACUGUUUUUGCUCAGCCAAAGAAUAUGCCUGUAUUGAGUCUGGAGCUGAAUCAUCCGGACAUUUGUACACAUAACCCCAAGUG